CCUCGCCAAAUAAAUACAAUACUUUGAGAAAACAAUCUCUAAUCAAAGUUUCCCUGUUAUUUCGGAUGUGGAAAGUCGCUCAAUUUCUAUGUAACUUAUAACAGAGGUAUCGUGUUAUUUUUUAAAGGCUUCAUCUGAGUGGAACAUGAAAGACAGAUCUAACGUUAACCAAAAAAAAGUCCCUGAAGAUAAUUCUAUUCGUUACAAAAGAUCAAUGCUUACGGUGAAAAACAGAAAUGAUGGAGUUGAUAUGUGUUAUUACGGCUUUGUUAAUCACCUCAAUAUCAUUAUCGGCGUAUGACAAUAUUUUGCAUAAAGAAACUGGUGUUCAAUUUACGGCAGCAAAGAAAAAUCUCUAUGCAGUAAGAAACGUAAAUAAAAUAAACUCUAAGGAGUCGAAGGUUUCGGAUGGUUCAAUACAAGCCACAAUAUUCAAAGAUAAAUCCUUUAGACAAAAAGACGUCAACGAUGAGACUCUGCAUGACCAAAACACAGAGACUCACAAUAUGCAUUCAGUAAAAAGCCUUUCCAGUGAGAGUACGAUGUUUCAGUUGAAAUUUAGCGAAUGGAAGGGCUCUGAUAUAUUUGACAAGGAUGGUAACUGCAGUAUUGUGAUUGGAUGUACGGACUUAUAUCACAGUGACAGCUGCUUAGUGUGUCACUGCUCGGAAAAUUAUACCAUAACUACCGUCGCAGACUGUAGUAACGCCAAUCUUGACCAGGUUCCAACACAACUGCCCUCCAGCAUCAGCCAUCUUUUGCUGGCAUACAACAGAUUGAAUAGCUCUUCACUGUAUCCAGGCGUGUUUGACAAGUAUACAGAUCUUGAAGUGCUUCAGCUCGACUCCAAUAACAUCACGACACUAGCAGAUGGUGUGUUUCGUGGUCUGUACAAACUGGAGCGGCUCAAUGUCUAUAACAAUAGUAUCGCCAUGGAUAGCAACCUAAACAAGUCUCGCGUUUUUGCGCCUUUGAAUGGUUCUUUAGUCUACCUAGUGAUGAACAGAAACAACCCAAACACAAGUAACCCAAAUCUUGUGUACCCAGACUAUGCCUUUUCUUUAUUGACAAACCUUAAAACUCUUUAUAUUGAUGGUCUUCGAGGAAAAAGAUUUGGUCCACUGUUCGGUUCGUUGAAAUAUUUGACAAAGCUGGUCAUAUCCGGGUACGAUCAAGGAUAUUGCUUUUUGGAGUCGCUGCACAAUGAUACAUUUAAAUAUUUAGGUCACCUGAAGGAUUUAAACAUUUCUAACUGCGGAUUGGAAGGGUCACUAGUUGAAAGUGGAGCAUUUGCCCCUUUGAACAAACUGACAGUUUUGGAUCUUACUAACAAUUUCUAUCUCGGUCUUGAGGCUAUAGGUAACCUGAUGUAUGGUCUAAGAAAUAGCCAAACUCUUAGACGUUUGAAGAUUCAGCGAGUGGUGCCCAGAUUCUCCCCUUGUAUUCUGAUAUUAUCUAAGACUCUGAGAUACUUCAGGAACAUGAGUCUGGAGAUCAUUGAAGCAAUGGAUAACGAGAUUGAGAUGAUUGAAUUUGGAGCAUUGAAGAUGUUGCCAGCUACUUUAAAAACUGUCAAUCUGACUAAUAACAAAAUAAUGUUUGGUGCGUACUGGAAGAAUAUGGGCGAGCUAUUCAGUUUGGAGAAUCUACAUUUGGAUGGAUUCUUUAAGCCAGUACAAUUUCCAUUACUCUUUCCAGAUAGCAGUUUUAAGUGUGUUAGUCCAUCUGAAGGGUAUGGCAAGUUCACUGACAACGAAUGCAUAUGUAAGGACAAUUCUUGCUCUGAAUAUCAAACAGAUUUUAUGUUGCCUCUUCCACCAAUGUUAAGAAACGUAACCAUGCACAGCAACUCUAUGACCUAUAUUAUCAACAACAUCACUUUCUGCUCCAAUAACAAAUUAGAUUAUGUUGACCUCACCAAAAAUCACUUCCAGGCUCUUCAGGGUCCAGUGAUUGGAUUGAAGUACCUUAGGGUGCUGAAAAUGUCUAGUUGUUUCAUAGAAAGCAUCAGUGAUAAGUUUUUUGACAACUUGACCAGCUUAGAACACUUAAAUCUAUAUCAAAACUUGCUCGGCGAUUGUCUGAAUGCAGACCUGAAAGGUCUAAUUUUUGAUAAGCUUACGCACAUGGAAUCUAUUGAUAUUUCUUUUAACAAUCUCUACAGACUUAACGAAAACGCAUUUGGGUCAAUGGAGAAUUUGUUGACACUGGACUUAUCCAUAAAUCGUUUGAGUCAAGCUAACUUCAGCAUAACUCACAUGAAGAGAUUGCAGUUUAUUGAUCUACACAGAAAUGAAAUCUCCUCUCUUCCCGAAGGUAUUCGGAGCCACAUAAGCUGGCUACUCAGCAGGGGAGUGAACAUUACCAUUGACAUGCGUCAGAACCCCAUCGAGUGUGACUGUGGAAAUCUAGACUUCCUCCAAUGGGUCGUGGACACGAAAGUUUUCGGGAGCAACUACUCCUAUUACUACUGCAAAUUCCCGAUUGCCAACGCACAGGCUCUGGAGAUGAAGAACGGAUAUGAUGAACAGGUAGCAAUGCUGAGCUACAGUUGUGAGAAGCAUAUUACUAUGUUUCUGUCAGUGGCAGGUGGAACCUUGCUCAUGGUCUUGGUCCUAAUUGCAUCAUUGAUAUACAGAUUUAGAUGGACAUUACGUUACUGGUACCAUGCAGCUAAAUCAAAAAUAUCUUCUACUAGAGAGGUGGAUGUGAAAGACUUCAAGUACGAUGUAUUUGUUAGCUAUGCUAAUAGCGACAUUGACUUUAUAUUGCAGGAGCUGAUCCCCAAGCUGAAAGAGAGAGGUAUCAGAGUUCUUGUCCACGGAGAGAAGUUCAAAGUUGGCAGGUACAUCACGGAUAACAUUUACAAAGCUGUGGUGAAAAGUCGAAAGACAUUAAUCGUUAUCACCAAGCACAUGUUGGAUAGUUACUGGUGCAAGUAUGAGUUGCAGAUGGCAAGAAUGCAAUCAGUCUCCACUGGACGCGACGUUCUGGUUUUUCUAUUUCUAGAAGAUAUACCCAGCUCCAAACUAGGACCAGAAGUUCUUGCUCACGUGAAAAGUAGCACGUACAUCAACUAUCCCAAGCUCCCCCAACACAAAGGUGCAUUCUGGGAUAAACUAGCAGACGACCUUCGCUCAUCUUGAACAAUUGAACAAUUGAGAAACCAUCGAAACAAAAACUCCCAACGCCACAAUUUUCUACGAGAGAAACACAUCGUUAGUGCUAGGGGCAGUUUAUAGGAUAGAACGACUAGAGCGCUUUGUCGAAAUGAGGUCACUAACAGAAUAGUUCAAAAAGUAAUAAGAACCCAAUGGCAGACAUUUUUAAGUCCCCCAUUUUAAGGAGAUACAAGAACUCUAGUUCCGUUGGCAACUAAAUCCUUGAAUAAAAUAAAAUUAAGUCUAUAACACUUAGACGAAGACUAUACAAGGACUAGGGCUAUAAGACCAACACUAAGACCAAGACAGAUUUAUUAAUUUUUAUUAUCAAUUAAAACAAUAUUAUUCUAUAACAAGACAACUCUCAGAGAAGUUCAGAGAAAUAGUAAUAACAUAUGUUUCGAUCUUUUAUAUGUGGUGUUUUUGUUUACUGAGCGCCUAAAGCCAGCACGGAAAACCUUCUCUCAUAUACCCCUCCCCCCACUGGUCCACAAAUAAGUUUGGAUCAUAGCACUCUGAGCAUGCUAUAAGCAUGAAAAUAGCCCUAUAUUAAAAAACAAGCUAUAAAAAAGCUAUAAAAGCUAUGUUCCCCAGGUUGACAGAGUCUAGAAAAAAAAACAGUAUUUAUACCGAUGCCUGUAUAUAUAUUUCAUCUGUUUAUGUUUUGUUAUAUGUAUUGUUAUAUGUAAUGCAGCAUGGUAAAACAAAAGCCAUCCAGGAAAUUAACAAACGUUCAGAUGUAUUUAUAUCAAUAUAAAAAUACCAUCGAUGGAUGUAUUUACGUACUGAUAGUCUACUGCUGUGGUAAAGAUAGUAACAUAUAAAUCCAAGUGCUGUGUGGAAAGACUGCAUACAAAAGCCAGCUAUUGUGAUUGGUUCUAAGUUAUAGUGUGUAUCGUGUGUAAUUUACAUUUAUAAUAUAAUAUAAUAUAUAAUAUAUGUCUGCAUUGGUUAUAGUAUUAUUUUAUACCGAAUGUGUCGU